UUAGAUUCUUGUCCAUUCAAAAUGAAAUUCACUGCUAUCAUUGUCUCCGUCUUUGUUGCAUCUGCUGUUGCAUCCAAACACUCCCGCCACAGCUCAUCUGUUGCUCCUGUCCCUUAUGGCGGUGAAACUCCCAAACCAGUUGCUACCACCACUCCAUGCGCCGAUGAGACUCCAGUCCCAAAGCCAGUUUCUACUCCUGCUUACCCAGCAAGUGAAAACCCAAAACCAGCUGCCGCCUCUACCCCACAUCCCGAAGAAACUCCAGUCCCCACUCCAGUUUCUCCAUUGAGUGAGGUUUCCCCUAAGGCUUCCCCUGCCUAUGCUGCUGGUGGUGAUGUUCCCAUCUACUCCUCUAGCAACAUUAACAGUCUUUCUGCUGCCGCUGCCGUUGUUGCUAUUGCCGCUCUUUUUGUUUAAAACUUUUGUAGCGAUCUGUUAUAAUGCUACAGUAUGUUUUUUUCUGCAACGUUUGAGAAUAAUAAACCUAAAUUAGAGAUUGUGGUAU